AAUCGAAAUACUGUUCGUCAUGGAGACGCCCUACACCGACCACUUGAGCCCGGAGGACUUCGAGCACGUUUACGAGCCAGCGGAGGACUCGUUCCUGCUGUUGGACGCCCUGGAAAAGGAUCUGGAGUAUCUGGACCGGCUGCAGCCGCGUCUCUGCGUGGAACUGGGCUCCGGUUCGGGAGUGAUCAUCACUGCGCUGGCCAAGAAACUGGCUGGCUUUUCGAUGUGCCUAGCCACGGAUAUCAAUCCCAAAGCCUGCAAUGCCACCCGGAGAACUGCGACUCGGAAUGGCGCUCGCUUGGAUAGCAUUCGCUGCAGCCUAGCAGAUGCACUGCGCCCGCGAUCCGUGGACGUGCUGCUCUUCAACCCGCCCUAUGUGGUUACCAGUGACGAGGAGCUGCAGACGCAUCAGUUCGAUUCGCACAGCGAAUCCUCAACGGAUCGCAAUCUGGUAUUCUCCUGGGCUGGUGGACAGGACGGGCGACGCGUCACGGACAUUCUACUCAAGCAACUGGAUGACAUUCUUUCGCCUCGAGGUGUGCUCUACCUACUCCUGCUGCGGGAGAACAAGCCGGAGGAAAUUAUCAAAUACUUAGAGGGCCUCCAGUUCCGGGCUGUUAAGUUCAUGGAGCGACGCAUUCCUGGCGAGCAUCUCUGCAUACUGAAGGUCACCAGGUGCUCGGCAUCAUCAUGACUCGUGCAAUAGCAUCAAAUUAAAGUUGUAUUUUAAUUAAAAGGUACAUUUUUAGCCGUU